CCGCGAGAGAGCGGAGCGAACCGAGCCGCGCACCCGCUGCCGCCGCGCGCCCGGCUCUCCUUGCGUCGCACUCCAGCCAGCCGCCGGUGCCCCGAGCGGCCGCCCGCGGAGCCCGCGACAGCCCCGCUGGGCUCGGCAGCAUCCUCCCGCCGCCCAGCCCCCGCACGCUCCCCGCCUUUUAAAAGGACCUCCCGCCACUUCCCCGCUCUGUCCCGGGAUCCCCCAGCCCCGCGCUUCUCCCCGCUCCACUUCGCAGCAACUUCGGCGGCCGCGCGCCGCGAGCCUCGCCCGCCUUUGAAGUUUGCAGCGCCCACGGCAAAGUUGGGACACUUCGGCCGAUUUGAUUUUUCUCUUUUAUUUGCCUCCUCCUCCGCCUCCCAGCCCCUUCGGUUCCUGAGUACUGGUGCUUAGCAUCUUGGCCGGUGCCGGGGACGUGGACUGUUUCGCACACCACACCUCGGGGAGGGAUUUUUCCUCUCCCCCUCCCAGGAAAAUCAAACAGAUUUUUGUAAGGAUGGUGCCUCUCCACUGGUGUCUGCUGUGGCUGCUAUUACCACUCAGCUCAAGGACUCAGAAGUUACCCACUCGAGAUGAGGAACUUUUUCAGAUGCAGAUCCGGGACAAAGCAUUUUUUCAUGAUUCAUCAGUAAUUCCAGAUGGAGCUGAAAUUAGCAGUUAUCUCUUUAGAGACACACCCAAAAGGUAUUUCUUCGUGGUUGAAGAAGACAAUACUCCAUUAUCAGUCACAGUGACUCCCUGUGAUGCACCUUUAGAGUGGAAACUGAGUCUCCAAGAGCUGCCCGAGGAGGCAAGCGGGGAAGGCUCCGGUGACCCAGAGCCUCUGGAGCAGCAGAGGCAGCAGAUCAUUAAUGAGGAAGGCACAGAAUUAUUCUCCUACAAAGGCAACGAUGUGGAGUAUUUUAUAUCUUCUAGUUCUCCAUCUGGUUUAUAUCAGUUGGAGCUUCUUUCAACAGAGAAAGACACCCAUUUCAAAGUCUAUGCCACCACAACUCCAGAGUCUGAUCAGCCCUACCCCGAAUUACCUUACGACCCAAGGGUAGAUGUUACCUCCCUGGGACGCACCACAGUCACUCUGGCCUGGAAACCGAGCCCCACAGCCUCCUUGCUGAAACAACCCAUUCAGUACUGUGUGGUCAUCAACAAAGAGCACAAUUUCAAAAGCCUCUGUGCAGUAGAAGCCAAACUGAGCGCAGAUGAUGCUUUCAUGAUGGCUCCAAAACCCGGUCUGGACUUCAGCCCCUUUGACUUUGGCCAUUUUGGGUUUCCUUCAGAGAAUUCGGGUAAAGAACGCAGCUUCCUAGCAAAGCCUUCUCCAAAACUGGGGCGGCACGUCAACUCGAGGCCCAAGGUUGACAUUCAGAAAAUCUGCAUCGGAAACAAGAACAUCUUCACCGUCUCAGAUCUGAAACCCGACACCCAGUACUACUUCGAUGUCUUCGUAGCCAACAGCAACAGCAACAUGAGUACGGCGUACGUGGGCACCUUUGCCAGGACCAAGGAGGAAGCGAAACAGAAGACGGUCGAGCUAAAGGACGGGAAAGUUACGGAUGUGUUCGUCAAACGGAAGGGAGCGAAGUUUUUACGGUUUGCGCCAGUCUCUUCUCACCAAAAAGUCACUUUCUUUAUUCACUCCUGUCUGGAUGCUGUUCAAAUCCAAGUGAGGAGGGACGGGAAACUUCUUCUGUCUCAGAAUGUGGAAGGCAUUCGGCAGUUUCAGCUUCGAGGAAAGCCCAAAGCAAAGUAUCUCAUCCGCCUGAAAGGACACAAGAAAGGAGCAUCGAUGCUGAAGAUACUGGCUACCACAAGGCCCAGCAAGCAGCCUUUUCCCUCUCUUCCUGAAGACACAAGAAUCAAAGCCUUCGACAAGCUCCGCACCUGCUCUUCGGCCACCGUGGCGUGGCUGGGCACUCAGGACAGGAACAAGUUCUGCAUCUACAAAAAGGAAGUGGACGACAGCUACAAUCAGGACCAGAAGAGAAGAGAGCAAAACCAAUGCCUAGGACCGGACACAAGGAAGAAGUCAGAAAAAGUCCUCUGUAAAUAUUUCCACAGUCAAAACCUACAGAAAGCAGUGACCACGGAAACGAUUAAAGGGCUUCUGCCCGGAAAGUCUUACCUGCUGGAUGUGUAUGUCAUAGGACAUGGGGGGCACUCGGUGAAGUAUCAGAGCAAAGUCGUGAAAACCAGGAAGUUUUGUUAGUUACCUCGUCUGGAGAGAUGCUAUUCCAUAGACCUGCAGGAGAGACAUGGAAUCACUUUAAGGAUAGACUGACUGAGAGAAGUGGUGACUGGUCGUCGGACCAUGGAGGGAAGGAUAUCAACUCGUGUAUGUUGGUGUUUAUAUGAGUAACUGUUGAGAAGACUUGGUGUCUAGUGUGCCUCGGUGGUACCUAGUGUGCGUCUGCUGCCCAUUGCUGUCAAAGCGAGAGGGCAUCUGGAAGGAACUGCCAUCCCUUGUUUUGACCACUGCAUGAACUGCUUCUAAAUUAUUUUAUUACAUGAAAGUUUAAAAUAUGCCAUUCAUUGCACACAUCCACAAAUGCAAAUCAUUCCUCUCUAUAGAUGCUAGGAUAUAUAUAAAUUAUUUUAUAAAGUCUUGUUUUAAAUGUCAGUGUUUCUAUGAUUGUAAACUAUUAAAUUCUUUUCCUGUUAAAGUACAGAUCUAAUCUAAGUAUAUAAUUAAGUGGACAGCCCUCUAGUCAGUUAUAUUGCUAUUGUAAAUUCUUAACUGUUGAGUAAAAUGUUUAAAUACUGUAUGUAUCUCAUGUACAAAGUUGACAUACAUUAUAUUCAUGUACAUAAAAUUAAAGAUAUUAGAUUAUAUACUGUUCAUUUUCCCAA